UUAAUUAAUUAACCAGUUGAUGUUGAUGUUUGACUCCUGCAGUUAGAGAGUAAGAUUGGGAGUCGGAGUGAGGGUGGGUGUGGUGCCUCCAUGCCGCAGUAGUGAAGAGCGGGGCCGGGCAUUACUUGCCGCAUUGGGCAAGUGAUUGAGCACAGGAACCCUUAACCCAAUCGGGACUGAUAAGGCGAAAGAUCCAAUAUUACCAAACACCGAGUAUUACGAGAAGAGCAGGACAUUCCUCGAUGGAGUCACAAGUUAGCGGAUCGCGUAUUGAUAACAAUUAACAACUUUAUUAUAAAUAACCCUAACCAUCUCUUUAGUAGAAGUUUACUUAGUUGUAAUUUUUUGUUAGUUAACUCAUACCUCAUCGAUUAUGGAAAGAUUGUCUCAACUUGCACUUCAAACUACGGCAGCUGUUGCUCCACCUCAAGCUCCUAAUCAUCCUUUGGACCCUUUAAGUCCUCAAGAAAUUGCUGCUGUAUCUGCUAUAGUUAAGGAAAAGUAUGCUGGUAAGAAUAUCAUCUUUAAUACUAUUACUUUAAGAGAGCCCAUCAAGCGCGCUUAUUAUGACUGGAAAGAGAGAAACGGUCCGGUUCCUCCACGGUUAGCAUACUUUGUCGUUGUACAAGAAGAUGUUAGUGCUAUUCAAGAAGGGGUGGUUGAUAUCGGAGCACAAAUCUUGAUCCAAUUGAAGCAGACGGAAGGUGCUCAACCAAUCUUAACUCCUGGUGAUUUACAAGACACUGAAGAUAUUGUUAGAUCCGAUCCAGAAGUCAUUAGACAAUGUGAAAUCAGUGGGAUCCCUGCUACUGAAAUGAAGAAUGUCUAUUGUGAUGCCUGGACCAUUGGUUAUGAUGAAAGAUGGGGAGCUUCUAGACGUUUACAACAAGCUUUAAUGUACUGGAGAUCCGAUGAAGAUGACUCUCAUUACUCUCAUCCGUUAGAUUUCUGUCCCAUUGUCGAUAUGAAUGCUAAGAAGGUGAUUUACAUUGAUAUUCCCAAUAGAAGGAGAAAGGUUUCUAAACAUAAACAUGCCAAUUUCCAUGUCAAGUCUGUUGCGGAGAAGUUUGGAACUUUAGAGAAUCCUUCAGGUUUCAGAACUGAUGCUACUCCUUAUAAUGUUACCCAACCUGAAGGGGUUUCGUUUAAGAUGGAUGGUAAUGUUAUGAACUGGUCCAAUUUCCAAUUCCAUGUGGGGUUCAACUACAGAGAGGGGUUAGUGUUGAGUGAUUUAACGUAUAAUGAUCAUGGAAAAGUCAGACCCAUCUUUCAUAGAAUCUCUCUUUCCGAAAUGAUUGUUCCCUACGGGAGUCCCGACUUUCCUCAUCAAAGAAAGCAUGCGUUGGAUAUUGGAGAAUAUGGUGCUGGUAACUGUACAAACCCUUUAUCUUUAGGGUGUGAUUGUAAGGGGGUGAUUCAUUAUUUGGAUGCUCAUUUUACUAACAAGAAUGGGGAACCAACAACCGUUAAGAAUGCCGUAUGUAUUCAUGAAGAGGAUGACGGAUUACUCUUCAAACAUUCGGAUUUCAGAGACGAUUUCCAGACCACCAUUGUUACCAGAGGUAAGAAAUUGAUUGUGUCGCAAAUCUUUACGGCCGCCAAUUAUGAAUACUGUUUGUACUGGAUCUUUAGACAAGAUGGAACCAUUAAAUUAGAAGUUAGAUUAACCGGGAUCUUGAAUACUUAUAUUGCGGCCGAAGGUGAAUCCGCAGGCCCAUGGGGAACCAUUGUUUAUCCGCAAGUGAAUGCUCAUAAUCAUCAACACUUGUUUUCUUUAAGACUUGAUCCAAGAAUCGAUGGAGAUAACAAUUCUGCAGCCGUCAGUGAUGCUAAACCAUCUCCAUUCCCAUUUGGUAGUAAAGAGAAUAUGUAUGGGAAUGCGUUCUAUGCAGAAAGAUCUACUUUUAAGACGGUUAAGGAUUCAUUAACCGACUACCAAUCAUCGACCGGUAGAUCAUGGGAUAUCUUUAAUCCUUCAUCGAUUAAUAAGUAUUCCGGUAAACCAGCCUCUUACAAAUUAGUAUCUACUUUCUGUCCUCCAGUCUUAGCUCAAGAAGGUUCAUUAGUUCGCAAGAGAGCUCCAUGGGCCGUUAACUCCGUUGAAGUUGUUCCUUAUCAAGAUGAAGAUUUUGGUUAUGGUAGAUUAUAUCCAUCGGGUGAUCACGUGGCUCAAUGGAGUGGAGAUGGAGCCAGAGGGAUGAGACAAUGGAUUGGUGAUGGUUCAGAACCGGUUGAAAAUACAGAUAUCUUAUUCUUCCAUACUUUUGGUAUUACCCAUUUCCCUGCCCCUGAAGAUUUCCCAGUCAUGCCUACGGAGAUCUUUGAGUUGAUGCUUAGACCAAGACAUUUCUUUACUGAGAAUCCCGUGUUGGACGUCAAGCCAUCAUAUGCUAGGACCACUACCGAAGUUAAGGCCGGUAAUACUGGCGUUGAUUCUUGUUCUUUGAAUGUUGAUAAGACUUCUCGAUUGGCUUUCAACUCUGCGGCCGCUAGUGCUACUGAAUCUUCCGGUUCUUGUUGUGCUCACAAAUGAGUCGCCUGUGUUAUAGCCCCUAAUUGUUCUUUUCUUAUAUAUGUUAAUUUAUAAUUGAUAAUUGAUAAUUGAUAAUAAAUCCUUAGUCAGCGCUACCAUGUAGUACUGUAACGAUAAAUGCGGCCGCA